GGCAACACUGCCUGCCUGGCUGUCACUGUCAUCACAAACUACACUGUCAGCUGUCAGUUAGGUUGUGUCGUUUUUGUGCUAUUGGAAUUAUUGAUUGUAAAAUUCCAGUUUUUAUUUGAUAACUAUUACUUUGAAUUAAUUAUGCAACACGUUUAAUAACGUAGAUCUUCAAAUAGAUUUUCACUAGAAAAGGUAGGAUUUUUCAAUUUAUUUAAAAUUAUUAAUAAUACACUUUUGAUUACGUAAAAAAUUACAUUCAGUUAGUCUGAAAUUUUACAAAAAUAAAUUAAUGACAAAAAUUAAUUAUUAAUGGUAUUUGCUAACGUACAAUAAAUUUUCCUGAAUGAUCUUAUUUUGUAUGACUUAAAAUAGUACUUCUCUAGAUUUGAGUAGGUAAUAUGGUUUCAAUUUUAUUUUAAAAACUUACUUUUUUAUAAUAUUUGCUUUGUUUCAGAACUCAAACAAAAAAGAAAAUGGCCAAUAAGCCUGAGAAAGAAAAGCCUAAGUUUGAACUGCUGCCAAAGAUCGUAAAUGGAGGCAUCGCUGGGAUUGUUGGAGUUUCUGUUGUAUUCCCCUUGGAUCUUGUCAAAACACGACUGCAGAACCAAACGAUCGGCCCCAAAGGAGAGAGGCAGUAUACGAGCAUGCUUGACUGCUUCAAGAAGACCUACGCAGCGGAGGGAUACUUCGGUAUGUACCGUGGUUCCGGUGUCAAUAUACUGCUGAUCACACCUGAGAAGGCUAUCAAGCUCGCAGCCAACGAUAUGUUUAGGCACUACCUCACGCUUAAUGAUGGGUAAGAAAAAACCAUAGCUUUCUAAUAGUGAAUACAGGGUUAAUUCGAU